AUGACAGGCUACCAUCGUGAGGACGAUGGUGAUGUCAAAACGCCCCGCAUCGAUGCACUGGCGAGGUCUGGCAUUGAGCUAGAUCGCUUCUACAGCUACCAGUUCUGCUCACCGGCCCGAAGCGCCAUCCAAACGGGUCGCAACCCGGUCCAUGUGAAUGUGCAGAACGUGAAGCCGGAGUGUGUGAACUCCAAGGAUCAGGAGGGUGGCUUUCAGGGGAUCCCCAUCAACAUGACCGGCAUCGCAAGCCUUCUAAAGCGUGGAGGCUAUCGAACCCACAUGGUGGGAAAGUGGGAUGUCGGCAUGGCAACAGCUGCUCAUCAUCCGAGGGCCCGAGGAUAUGAAAGCUGGUUUGGAUAUUGGCAUCAUACCAAUGACUAUUGGCAACACACAGAGGGCAUGUGCGGUCUCAAGAAGAUGCGCGAUCUUUGGAUCUUCAACGCCAGCUAUGAUGGACCAGCAUAUCACCUGCAGAAUGGCCCGUCUUGCUCUCAAGAAAAUCAGAACCCUGUCAAUGAGACCUGUGUCUUCGAAGAAGCACUCUUCGCAGAGGCCGCAAAAUCUGUGAUCCGAAACCACAACGUUGCUGAGCCGCUGUUCCUCUUCUGGGCACUGCACCUGGUGCAUAUGCCGCUGCAAAUUCCAGAAGCCUACGAGAAAAAGUUUUCGUUCAUCAAGGAGAAGCACCGCCGGCUGAUGCACGCCAUGGUGAACUUCAUGGAUGAUGAAAUUGGAGAGGUGGUUGAUCUCCUCAAGGAAUCCAUUCGAAUCUACUUCCAGUGGGGGUCAAUUGCGUUAAUGCCUUUGUCAACGGCGGCUACGUGCCACCAGGACGUUCAGGCCCCAGAGGAGAAUGUGGUGAAACCUGACGCCAACUUGAGCACUGCUAGUUGGCCUGCAAGCUGCAGGAUGGUGCACAGCAAAGGUCGUGGCAGCAAGUUAGAGGGCUUCGUGACGGCCUGGGACUGGUAUGCCACCUAUGCAGGCCUGGCUGGUGUCGAUGCAGAAGAUCACCAAGCGAAAGCUGCUGGCUUACCACCCCACGACUCCUUGGAUGUUUGGCCCUGGCUCUCCGGGGUGACGGCUUCGUCGCCACGUGAUGAAGUCAUUGUCGGCGAGACCUCCUCACAAACCCCCAACGGUGACGGACAAACCUUUGUGGGCGGCGUCAUCCGUGGGAGGUACAAGCUCCUGGUGGGGGUGGACGCGCGAAAGUGGAACACUUUGUAUCUCACUGAGAGGGUGAGUCAGAAUGUCAUGACAGGUCCCAAAUGGCCCAACAGCAGCAGCCACCUUGCGCCCCUUUUACACCCACGGAAGUGUGGCCGCACACCUGAAGAAGGAUGCCUUUUUGAUGUCUUCGCAGAUCCUGGCGAAGACACGUCGAGACUUGGCAACCAGCGGUGUGAGUUCUUUUUCAUUUUAGAAUAUAGAUCUUUUUGA